AUUUCCUUUUCCCUUUAUAAAAACAAGUUACAGAAUAUAGGUCAAGUGCAUUCCUCUCCAACCCUAGCCGCAGCAGCCAGCUGAACUGACCGUCGUCUUAGCUCUCAGCGAUCCACAUUUCUCCGAUUCGCAACCAUGGCGGACAUUGAUCCCGAGAUCGCUGCUGGACAGCCUAAGAAAAGGACGUUCAAGAAGUUCAGUUACAGAGGUGUUGAUUUGGAUGCGCUUCUUGAUAUGUCAACUGAUGAGCUCGUCAAGCACUUCAAUGCUCGACAACGAAGAAGGUUCCAGAGAGGUUUGAAGAGGAAGCCAAUGGCUUUGAUUAAGAAACUUCGCAAAGCGAAACGUGAGGCUCCAUCUGGUGAGAAGCCCGAUCUUGUGAAAACCCAUCUUAGAAACAUGAUCAUUGUCCCCGAGAUGAUAGGUAGCGUCAUUGGUGUUUACAAUGGAAAGACUUUCAACCAGAUUGAGAUCAAGCCAGAAAUGAUUGGUCAUUACCUUGCUGAGUUCUCGAUCUCGUACAAGCCAGUCAAGCAUGGGAGGCCCGGUAUCGGUGCUACCCACUCUUCAAGGUUUAUUCCUCUUAAGUGAGGCAGCAGCUACUUAUUACUCUCCAGCCUUCCUGACCAUUUUGCAAGACAUUUUUUACAUUUUAGGUGGCUAGAGAAUAUAAUGUUGCUUUUUUCUUCUAAUUUUGGAGACAUUUAUGCCUAGUUUUGAGAAAUUGAUUUAUCAUAUGCUUACUUUGAAUACCCUUUCAUUAUGUGUAAGAAUUAUUUGUUGGUUUAUUAUGGUUUCAGUAAAUUUGGUUCUUGAAUUU